AUGCAGCAACUACGCUCCAUAACAGAGCGCAGGAACAAUCCGAAAGCCGGGGUGCGAGUCUCCGUGGAGAGCGGCGGGUGCCAUGGGUAUCAAUACAAGGUGACGUACGCAGAGGGAAGAGAACCAAAUGACUAUCUGUUCUCCCAUCCAUCUGUGAGGCCGUCGCACAUCGUGGUGGACGCAGUGUCGAUGGCUCUCAUGAAUGGGGCGACUGUCGACUUCGUCAGGGAAAUCAUCGGCAGCCGAUUCCUCAUCGUAGACAACCCACAGGCAAAAGGAGGAAAUUGUGGCUGCGGGGUCAGCUGGGAACUGAAGAUAUAG